AAGGCGCCCCGGCGUCACGCGCACAGAGCAGAGAGCAGGGAGCCGACGGCGACGAAGCUGCCAACAACAGUCCCCACUGCCCACAGCCGCUGCGAGCUGCGAGCUGCGAGCUGCGAGUGCUAGGGAACAAGACUUGAGGGUCGGCGACGGCGGAGGGGCGGAUGGCGUUGUGGAAGAAGAAGGUCGUCUUCAAGGCGCGGAGGGCCUGGGCCGCCGUCUCCGGCCGCCUCCUCGGCGCGCCCAAGACCGGCAACGGUGGCAUCCUGAAGCUCCACGAGGACGUGCAGACCUGCGGCUACCAGGACGUGCAGGUCAUGUUCGACAUGCUCACCUCCGAGCUGGAGGCGGCGCACGUCCGGAAGCAGCAGCCGUCGCCGCCACCGGCGUGGCCCGGCCGCUCUUCGUCUUCGUCGCUUACCGGGUCGGUGCAGUAGGAGAUCGAAGAAGAGACCCUUGACUGAAAAUGGCUGAGAAGAUCGUUGCCAGUUUUUACAUGUUGUUACUGCCUGCGUAUCAGGCGUCAGUCCCCCUGCGUUUUCUUCUGCCCGGCGAAAAGAGCGAAAAACUGUCUUUCUUGAUGCGUGUACAUAGAGGCCGUGUCUGAAUGUUUUUCGCUGGCCGGGAGGAAGAGGAAGCAAGAGGGGUUUCAUUUCAAUUCCCCAAUUUCAGAUUUACUUUUCAUGUCUAAGAUUUUGCGCGGGCUUCCGCAUGCUGUGCGUGUGUUUGGAACAAGUUAAGAGCUCCGGUUCACUGAAUCAGAGAGCAUUGGCAUAUGAGCAAUUGAGACUCUUUCUGUUCGUAUAACUUCUUUGGACUUCA